GGCUUGCUCGGUGCGUUCUCCAGCGAUGCUGCGGCCAACACCCAGGCGACCGAGAAGAGGCGCGUGAAACUUUUUCCAUGGGAUAGCGUUGCGACUCAGCUUCUCGAGCCUUAUGGCGAAAGCAACUUCGACACUCUCUCCUUGACGAAGCUCUACGAGGCGACCGCCAGGGGAAACAAGUCAGCAGCCUAUCACUCCCAUCUCUGUGCCCCGAUGGAUACAGACGCCUGGCAUGUUGGUGCCGGAAUUUCUCAAACAGCCGCCGCUCUGCUUGCGGCCAUCGGGAAAUUCCGCUCCAAGGAGAUGAAGGCAAUCAUGAAGGAGGAGCUCUAUGCAAAAGUCGAGGAAGAACUGGUCGGACUGGAGCCGACGCUGAAACGCUUGAACAUGGGAAAGGGCAGUCAAACCCAGAAAGAUGCCGGAUCUUUCCGCGAAGCCAAGAGGCAGAAAACAAGCCACACUACAGAUUUGCCGAUCGAGUCGACCCCAGAGGCGGAAAUCAAGCAGGCUGCCCUCGCCUUUCAUCAAUGGUUGAAGCAACCGCAGAGUGCCUUCCGCAGCUUGCUCUUCAUUCUCGCCGGUAGCAACACCUACUACACGGGCCACGUCGCCGAAACCACGGCCCGCGCCGUGGUGGAGCAGAAGCCGCUGAGCCAGGCGGACUUUCAGACGGCCAUGGUAGCGCGGAAGACCAAGGCGUCCGGCCGCACAGAGCUUGUGCGCACAGAUUUUGAUGAGUUCUUUCACUGCGAUGUUCUUGGUAUGAUUGCCGCGGUCCUGAUUCGCGCUGGCUACCUGGACAAGUCCUGCCCUUACCUCCGUACCACCGACCACAUCGUCAUCAUGGCGGGUAACACUGUGGGCUUCCGCAAUCUCGGAACGUCUUGUUUCGUGAAUGCCGGCCUCCAAGCAGUUCUCGGAGUUCAACCCUUGGUCAGAGCCAUCAAUGAGGGCACGGGUGAUGAGGAGGUUGCUCUUCAGCGACUCCUCGCGCGGCUCGCGAUGACCACCGAAGCUUUCGUGCCAACGGAGGUGACGAACCGCUACUACCGCCAUCGGCAAGAAGACGUAACAGAGUUCCUGGGCAAGCUGCUGGAAACAUGUCUUGGCUGUCACGAAUUCUUGUACGGCAGUGAAUGGUCCAGCUUCCAAUGCCAGCAUUGUGGCUAUCGUCGUUUGCUGCGGGUCGACAACUUUGAUAGAAUCCAGCUGCCGAUCCUGGGCAUGAAGUCUGUUCAAGAAGCUCUGGAUGCGUACCUGUCCCAGAGCACCGUCACCGAGGAUGCCGCAAACUGGUUCUGCCUGACAACGGACUGUCUCACGAAUGGCCUCGCCGAGAAGAGUCCCUUGUACGUCUCCGGCAUCGACAGUUGGCCAAAAGUGCUAGUCCUUUCGCUGAAGAGGUGGAACUGGAACCUCGAUGAGGUGGUUGCCCACAAGAUCUUCGUCGAUAAAGUCUUGCAGACGGCUGACUGCAAGUAUGACUUGUGCUCCUUGGCCACGCACAUUGGACGUCGCCCUGACAGUGGUCACUACAUGGCUUACCGUCGAGACGCGUUCGGCUUCCUGAAGUUUGACGAUCAUGAGGUCACGCGACUGGCCCCAGCAGAAGAAGACGACUUCGUGACCGUGGCUGCGGAGAAGGUUUACGUCCUCUUCUACGUCAAGCAAGACCACAUCCUCCCGGAGAACACGCAGGCUCGACCGUCGAAGUACCGGCGACUUGCCUCACACGAGAUCCCAGAGUCCGCCCAAGCAGAUGCCAUAGACAUCGACACAGACUCCGAUGUCGUUGUUCAACAAGAUUUGCAGCCAAGCCACCCUCCUCCUGUUCCUUCAGAGCCUGCAACUGCAGCAAAGCAUGUCAUUGACCUCGACUCCGAGAGCGAUGUCGUCACGGAGAAAGAUGUGUCCAGACAGCCUUCCGCCGAAGCCGCCAGCGACCGCCAAAUUCCUGCACUAGGACCUGCACCCACAUCCAAAGAGCAAGAUCACACUGGAACGCCUUUGUUGCGAUUCAGUCACCACGAACGGCUUCGGAUACAAGAAGUCUUGCAAGAUGGCUCCACGGUGAAGGAAGCCAAGGCAGCGCUUGCUGUCACGGUGCCAAGGCUCACCGUCAAGGACAAGCAAGCGGCAGGAUACCUCUCCCAGAUGACGCUUCGUAAUUGGGUACAAAAUCCUGGCAGUUUCCAGAAAGCUCUGUCCAAAGCCACAAACCAAAAUCCUUCCGCCGAAGCCGCCAGCGACCGCCAAAUUUCUGCUCCAGCACCUGCACCCACAUCCAAAGAGCAAGAUCACACUGGAACGCCUUUGUUGCGAUUCAGUCAGGAUGAACGGCUUCGGAUACAAGAAGUCUUGCAAGAUUGCUCCACGGCGAAAGAAGCCAGGGCAGCGCUUGCUGUCACGGUGCCAAGGCUCACCGUCGAGGACAAGGAAGCGGCAGGAUACCUCUCCCAGAGGACACUUCGUAAUUGGGUACAAAGUCCUGGCAGCUUCCAGAAAGCUCUGUCCAAAGCGGCAAAGCAACUACAUGAAGCUAGAGUCCACUCUGCUCGUUCAGGUAGCUCACGGGCAGCUCUCUCGCAUGAAGACAAGAUCAUUAUUCGCGAUGCGUUGGACGCUGCGCAGUCGACCAACCACCUCGUCCACAUCUUGACCGAACGCCUGGACGAGUUCAGUGCCACCGACACUGCAGCACCGAAGUACAUUCCGACCAGCACGCUUCGAGACUGGAUGAGACGACCAGCCAUCGGCCGCUGGUUCGAGGCAGUCGAGUCGGAGACAUGGGAUGCCGAGUUUGAUCGCACUUUCACGGUGGCAAUGACCAAACCAGCCAAACGCGAGCCGAGUUUUCUGGGAACGGAGUCCCCGGACGACCACUGGCUAGUCUACGGCUCUUGGACUUUCUGCCCAGAUUGUGGCCGUCGGCGUCCUCGCAGCCACGUCGCAUCCAGAGAAGCCGUGAACUCUGCGGUCAAAUGCUACGUGACGCCAAUGUCGCAGAAUUGGGAAGCUCUGCUGGCCAACAUGGAAGCCACCGGCUUGCCUCUUGUCACGGCCUUGACGAAGGAAGACCUGGACAGUCUGGCCAUUGUCGACUUGAAGCUAACCUACCGCAGCCGCAGGGGCGGCCAUGCCGAGAUCACCAGCAAACAGAAGCAGACCGUGAUCAGAGCCAGGUGGAAGCCGAUGCUCUUGACCGAAGUCAUCCGUUCUCAGAAAGCUGCUGCCGCCUUUGACUGGCUGCGAAACAAUAACAGCACCUAUGCUGCCUGGCUCGAGAAGCACAUGCAGCGCCGCCAACACAGUGCAGCAGGACAGGGUGACUGGCGUGAAAUUCCCACGGCCGAGCUGCUCCUGAACUCGCCGGGAAUCGAAGUCGCCGCACGGCCUUGGCUGUAUCCUUUGGCAAGCUUUGCCGACACGGACCUCGCCACUCGUCUCAAGGAGCUCUGCUGGAUCGCCAAGAACAGCACCGUCUCCAUCCGACAAGGCUUCCUGCGAAAGAUUACUAGUCGAUGUUUGGACUAUUGUCGCGACUUCCGACUGCACUGUCUGUUGUACGAUGUUUGCAUGGCCAAGUCCAUCACCUCCAUCAUCCAUGUCGCCAACAAGAUGCAGAUCGCCCCGGAGCAAGCCGCUUCGCAACAGGAUUCCUUCGAGGGAUACUGGUGGCUGCAGAUACGAAAAAUGGAGGACGUCUGCAGACGUGAGUUUGAGCUCACCGAGGACAUGAGUCAAUCGCUGCCAAACGUCUUUUUCACCGUGGUGCCUGCCGAGUGGCGCUAUCUGUUACCAGACGGUCUCAUGUUCGCCGACAGUCUUUCAGACCAGCAGGCCGUCCUAACCCUCCACUUGUACCACACUUUGGAAGCAAUGCUGGAGAAGCACCUCCUUAAAGAAGGAUCAAGUCUGCGGCAGAUCGGCUUGGCCAAGAUAAAGCACUGGAGCUUUCGCUUUGAGUUUCAGUCCCGCGGCACCUUGCACAUCCAUGCGGUGCUAUGGUCGCAGCUGCUACCCGGCUGGUCGGCUGAGGACAUCACCGGUCGCACAGACGGCCCUGGAAGCGCUUUCGUUCGCCUGCUGGAAACGCUGUUCAAGUCUCGGGCAGAUGUCCAAUGUGGCGACGGCAACCACUGCUUGCUAAGGUACGUGGCAGGCUACGUCGCGAAGGCUUCGGAUGCAUUGCAGUUCUCCAAGCACCAAUCUCUAGGUGAAGGUCAAUGGCGCCAAGCUUACAGACUCAUUUGUAAAAAAUCGCCGACGGAACAAGAAAUCCUGAUGGAGUUCGCAGGGCUCGCCAUGGUGAAGCACUCUUUCUCCGGAGUCGAUGUCUUCGCACCGAUCCCAGGCAGCUGCGCCAGAAACAAUUCCAGACGACAAUAUCGUGCUUAUCAGCAUCAUCUACGCCCAAGGCAAGACGAACCGGGAGAUGCUCGACAGCUGACCUUCAUCCAGUGGCUUCGGCAGUUCCAGCUGACGACAGAUGACCCGGAGGACAUGUCCGUGCACAGGCGAAACAUCGCCGGGCCUGCACGGAACAAGAUCGCCGGAGUUGCAAUGCAGUUUCCGUACGAACUGCUCGACAUUUACCUAGGAGCCUGGGCAGCGUCUUGCUUGCCAGGCAUGGCGGAAGAACGUCUACUACCCACGGUACCCGACCAGCUGGACUUGCCAGGUUAUGAAGACGAACUCGCCAGACGUCGAUCCUUCAUCGCUCCAGAUGGGGCCAGGCAUUUGAAAAGCGUGCUCUGUCUCAACGAGUUCCAGCUGGACGGAGCCGAUGGUCUUGUUUACAAUCCAGAUGUCGCAAAGCUGCUCGGUGCCAUUGAACCUGAACUAGCACUGCGGGGACUCAACGACGACAGAAUCGCAACCUUGCAAGCUAAAAUAGAAGCCACACACUUGCUGCUCCUCAAGAUUCGUGAUGGACAGGAAAGUCAUGAACUUUGGUCGGUUCGCAAGCUGCCGGGACUCCCGGCGCGCCAGUGGUCUCCCGAGCAGCAACAGGUGCUCGAUUUCAUCAAACAGGCUCUGCGUCUACAGGACGCCGCAGAAGCGGAUCGCGACUGCCGGCUGCUACACAUCUCCGAGUCCCCGGGCACAGGAAAAACUGAAGUCGUCAUCGCGGCGGCGGAGCUGGCCCUCGCCGACGAUUGCAAGGUGCUCAUCGGCGGGCCCAUCGGCCUCUUGGUCGCCAUGUACAAACUCCGCCUUCCGGUCACGGACAAUCUGUGCAUGGAAACCCUCCACUCGGCAUUUAAAAUUGGCCGAGACGCCGAUGCAGCUUAUAUCCCUCCGGGACGGCUACGAAGGUAUGACGUAAUCAUCCUAGACGAAAUCUCCCAGAUCGACGAGUUCGUGUGGGGGCGGAUCAAGGUAGCUUUGAACGAGUUGCACCCAGUACCUCUCGUUCUCUUCGUCGGCGAUGAGCAACAGUUGCAGCCCGUGCACGGUCAACCUCAACUCUUGCUAGACCUGGCAUCCUUGACACAGGCCGGAAAAGCUCAGCAUAUUCGCCUGCGGCAGCAUGAACUCGCCCGCUCGGUGGAUCCGACCAUGCUGGCAUUUUUGAACAAGAUCCGCACCAGGCAACCAACACGACCUGAACUGGAAGAGUUCUUCCGCGGCAGAGUCUGGGAUUCCAACUUUCAGGAGGCCGUGAAGAAGAGCUAUGACAUCGAGAGGAACACCGGGAACAAGUUCAUGUUCCUGACCGUCGCUAACAAGCCCGCAGCGGACCUAAAUCAAGCAAGACUAGAGCUCGAAUUCCCCGAUGAAGCUCGGCGACUGUCUAAUGGCGAGGGCUUACCUGGCGAGAUCGGGAACAUUCUCCUGGCUGCCAACAUGCGCGUUCGCCUGACUCAUAAUGUCAACAAAGAGGAAGGCUUCGUGAACGGUAAUACAGGUACAGUCAGGAAGGUCCUCCGCCGGGAUGCGUUCAUCAUGGAGAGCUCGCAACAAACAUGCAUUUUGGUGUACCCAAUCACCGUCAAAGGCCGCAAGUAUCUCCCGGUCGCCUACGGGUAUGCCACGACAAUGCGCAGAGCGCAGGGGGCCACCAUGGAAGCGAUCGGAUUGCUAUUCGAUCGUCGCGUGCCCGACAGAGGCUACGCGUACGUCGGCACGUCCAGUGCCAAGUCCAGCUGCAUGGUCUUCCAUCUUGGCAGACUGCGCCAGACGGACUGGUUGCCUGUUGGCGGAAACCCAAACGAGGAACACGCCUCGCUUUCCGUUUUCAGCGAGUCCAGCAAUGAACAGGAGGAAUCGGAAGAGCCGCCGACAGAGAGCCCGGAGGCAGCGUCCAUCGACUUCGAUGUCGAGCACGAAUCCAUGGAAGAUGAGGACUUCCUGACAGCUGACAGCCCUGAGCCCGGGUCCACUGAUUUUGAAUAUUGGCCGGACGACUGA